AUGAAUUGUCCUUCGCGCACGGAUCCGGAAUUUCCGGAAGGAUACAACCAGAACCCGAAUGCGCUCAACACGGAUGCGACGACGAGGGCGGAUCUAGGAUACUUGGCGAACGCAAGGGCCAGGGAUGAUAACCGAAUAGAUUGUCACAACAUGGAUAACGACAUAGCGAUAGAUCGUCGGCAAGAGACUGAAGAGGAUGGUAAAUUGCAGCCCAAAGCCUUCGACGGCUUGCGCAGGAGGAGCGAUGCAACGGGGAGUGUGGACAACGGCCUUGCUAGUACGGCCAUCAGACCGUCUACCAUCUUCAACGAAGGACGAGACGUCCAUCGACCGAAGUGUCGCGGAGGUGUAAUUGGUGGUGCCAUUGAAGUCGUCCGCAAGUAUUUGAAAUUUGUAGGACCUGGCUUCAUGGUUGCCGUGGCAUACAUCGACCCUGGAAACUACGCGACCGACGUUGCAGCUGGUGCUUCUUUCGAGUACAAACUUCUCUUCAUUGUACUAAUGUCUAAUAUCUUCGCCAUCUUCUUGCAAUCGCUCUGCAUCAAACUAGGCUCCGUCACCGGCAUGAACCUCGCGGAGAACUGCAGAGCCCAUCUUCCGCGGUGGAUGAACUAUACGCUUUAUUUCUUUGCGGAGUCAGCCAUCAUCGCGACAGAUAUCGCUGAAGUGAUUGGUACAGCGAUUGCUUUGAACAUCCUCAUCAAAGUCCCUUUAGUCGCCGGGUGCGCACUGUCUAUUGUGGAUGUUUUGAUCAUUCUUAUCUUCUACUCCCCUUCAGGCACUAUGCGUGCCCUUCGCGGAUUCGAGUAUUUCGUAGCACUCCUCGUGCUUGGUGUUGUAAUAUGUUUCUGUUUCGAACUCAGCAAGAUCCACGCCUCAAUCGGUGAAGUCUUCGAUGGUUUCGUUCCAUCUUCUACUUUAGUCAAGUCGCAAGCUUUAUACCAAGCCUGUGGCGUUUUGGGCGCCACAGUCAUGCCUCACAGCCUCUACCUUGGUAGCGGCAUUGUUCAGCCACGCCUGCGGGAGUACGAUGACCAAAAUAACUCCACCUCUUUUCGCGACGCCGACGAGAAUUCUCUCUCAGACGAGCUGAAGUACAGGCCUUCCCUUGCAGCUAUCAAGCACUGCAUGUCCUACAGUAUCGCAGAGCUUGCCAUAUCUCUCUUCACCUUUGCUCUUUUCGUCAACUCAGCCAUUCUCAUUGUGUCUGGCGCUUCGCUGUACGGUCAGUCCGAAGCGACAGACGCCGAUUUGUUCUCCAUCCACAAACUGUUGUCCCGGUCGAUCGCGCCAGUUGCCGGUACUAUCUUCGCGCUGGCAUUGCUUCUUUCUGGUACCUCGGCUGGAAUCGUGUGCACCAUUGCUGGACAGAUGGUCUCGGAAGGCCAGUUGAAUUGGACGAUGAAACCAUGGCUUCGUCGCCUCAUAACACGAUCCAUCAGCAUCACGCCCUCGAUCAUCAUCGCCGGCUCUGUCGGACAAGAUGGGCUAAGCAAGGCCUUGAAUGGCAGCCAGUUCGCACUGAGUGUGAUUCUCCCUUUUGUCAGUGCACCGCUUAUUUGGUUCACUUGCCGAGCGCAGUAUAUGAAAGUCGCUGUAAGACCCAACGACAAUGGGGAGAGAGACACGGAUGUUACAGCAGAUGGUUAUGUGCAAAUGCGAAAUCACUGGGUCACUGCAGCGUUCGCAGUCGUCAUUUGGGGAGUUAUUGUUCUCAUGAACAUUGCUGCUUUGGUAUUUGCGGGUAUGGGAGUCGCUUGA